GAAGCAGGGCCGAUCCAGGCGGGGUUUUUCACAGGAGGACGGCGCGGUGGAAACACUUCACACAGCCGGGUACCGGCCUGCCCGUCACUCCUGAUCGUCAUCCCACUGGCACCAACACUUUGGUCAGUACCCGCAGCGGCAGCGGCCAGCGCAGCACAGAGCCGUCCUCUCUCCACAGGGUCCACGCCAUGUCCCGGCGGCUGCUGCUGGCUGUGGAUUCCGGAGGACGAAGUUUGGGAGAAUUUCUACGGGGACUCUUGCAAUGGCUACUCAAUUAGUUAGCCAAGCUAGCAGCAGCAGCUUAUUCUGCAACAGUGGUUCAUUUGGCAUUGGCGAUGUGUAUGGGCUACAUGACCUUUCUAAGACGGAGAUGGCAGCUCCUCGAUUGAUCAUGCUAGCAAAUGUUGCGCUGACUGGAGAAGUUAGAGAUGGUUGUGCUGAUUAUGCCUUAGAGGAGGACAGACAAAUGGCUGAAUUGACAACAGUUUAUGAAAACAGCUUUUCGGAUAGUGAUGGAGAAAGAAUGGAAAUGGAAGAGUCCAGCCUGGAGAAUGAGUCGCCCAUUUUUGAAACCAUGGAAGUAGAACCCUCUGAAGUGCAAGGAGAGAAGUUGUGUGACCAUCAAGCAGCUUCCCAUGAAACUAGCUCUGAAGAGGAACCAGAAAAAAAUGUGGAGACGAAGUCUGCUACUGAAGACAAAAACAAGUGUAUUAAAAGCAAGCCUUUUAGGUGCAGACCGUGCCAGUAUAAGGCAGAAUCUGAAGAAGAGUUUGUUCAUCAUAUAAAGGAUCAUAGUGCCAAGAAAUUCAUUGACCACGACACAAACAAAAAUGUUCAAGAUUCUGGUUCUUGUGCCUCUGAAGAAGUGGAUUUUUCCAAAGGACCAAUCCGAUGUGACAGAUGUGGUUAUAACACCAACCGAUUUGAUCACUAUUUGGCACAUUUGAAGCACCAUAACAAAACUACUGACAAUGAGAGAGUUUACAAGUGCACCAUAUGUACUUAUACCACAGUCAGCGAAUAUCACUGGAAGAAACAUCUUCGUAAUCACUUUCCAAGGAUUGUUUAUACAUGCUCUCAAUGUUCUUACUUUUCGGAUCGUAAAAACAACUAUAUUCAACAUAUUAGAACACAUACAGGAGAACGACCUUAUCAGUGUAUAAUGUGCCCAUAUUCAAGCUCACAGAAAACUCAUUUGACCAGACAUAUGCGGACCCACUCAGGUGAAAAGCCAUUUAAAUGCGAGCAGUGCAGUUACGUAGCAUCAAAUCAACAUGAAGUGACACGACAUGCCAGACAGGUCCACAAUGGACCAAAACCUUUAACAUGCCCACACUGUAACUACAAAACUGCAGACCGCAGCAACUUCAAAAAACACGUGGAACUGCAUGUUAACCCACGACAGUUCUUGUGUCCUGUGUGCGAUUAUGCUGCUUCAAAGAAGUGUAAUUUGCAGUAUCACAUCAAAUCCAGGCACUCAGGUUGUGCUGACAUCACUAUGGAUGUUUCCAAAGUCAAGCUAAGAACAAAAAAAGGAGACAUAGCUUGUUCAGACCUUGAGGCAAAUAAGCAAGAAGAAAAAGAGAACUCUGAAGUAAGAGCAGAGUCCACAGAAAGGAAAUAUGAUGGAAAAGUAAAAUCUGAUAAGGAGAAAUGUGUGAAGGCUAAACAAGCUGCCAGUUCUUCCAUUGGCCAGAUAACAACACGGAGCCACAAGAUGACAUCUAACAAGAUUGACCAGGCGUCUAGUAAUGAUAAAAGAACUUUAAAAGCUAAAUGUGCUAAAAGAAAAUCUAGUGUGGUAUCUGAAAAGCCACUAAAAUUAAACGAUGCACGAAAUACCAACAUAAAGAAAAGGAGAUUGGCACAGAAAAACCUGCACAUGCAAAACUUGCCUAAAAAAGAGAUCAGAGCUAGAAAAUCCCAGCGGCAGAAGGUGUGCCUGAAGAAGAAGAAUAAACAAAAUAAACCCUUUAAAAAUAAGUUCAGGAAGAAAACUAAAACACGCACAGCUGAAAUUACAAAAAGCAAAUCUAGUAAGCCCCAUAAAGAUCGUGAUACUGAACAGAAAAAAAUACAGAACGAAUCAGACAACAUCACUGAUGUUCCAGAGGUGGUAAACUGUCCUCCAUCUGCUCCAGUACGUCCAGAUGAUCAGAUCCUAGCCUCAGAAGUAGUGGAGAGCAUUGAGCAGGAACAAGAAAAUAAAACUGAAGACCACAUAGAGAAUGUUUUAUCUGAUACCAGCAUUAUUGUUAAUUCAGUGCCUGGGGAAAUAAUAAAGGAACCCAUUGUGUUGCCAUCGGAACUGGAAACUGAGAUGGUUAUAAAAGAUGUUGAACAUUCAGAUAACUCUGUGAUUAACUCAAACACUGAACAACCAGUUAUAGAGACUCAAAGCUCAUCAAUAAUGGAAACUUCCAACAAUAUAUUUCAAGAAACUGAAUCUCAAGUAACUAAUGCAGCAGACUCUCUUCACUUGCAUGACUCGCAUUGUGAUCCUACAAGUGAUGAAUCUGGAACCAAUUCAGAUCUAAAUAGUAUAGAAGUAAAUGAGGAACAACCAGAACAAAACACAAAUGACAUGGGAGAACUUCCCUCAACACCUAGUGUAGAGCAUCUAAAUGAUCACAAUCCAAAAGACAUUGCACACUCUUCAUGUGAUGCCUCCAACAAUGAAUCCACAGAAAUUGAGGAGGAUGAAGGAAUCCAUAGUCAUGAAGGCAGUGACAUAAGUGAUAACGUUUCAGAAAGAAGUGAUGACUCCGGCUUAAAUGGUUUGCAGUCAGUUCAAGAAAACAUAGAUGCACAGCCAAAUGUAGCAUUGUCUUCAGUUGGUACAAGCCUCUCCACUGAGAGUUUUGUGUGCAUUUUCUGUGAUCGUGCCUUCAAGAAAGUGGAGGAAUAUACAAAGCAUUUGAAACGUCACUUAGUCAAUGUGUAUUACCUUGAGAAAGCAGCUCAAGAUCGGAUAUAAAUUUAUAAUUUAUUAAAAUUGGAUAGUAUUUUCUACAUUGGAUGAGUUCUGCAGGACACUAUUUGAAAUGAAUGACGUAUUCCCUUGUUGUAGAUGGAAAGUGCCAUUAAAACAUUUUAUUGUGCAGAA